AUGGUUUAUCGAAUCCUAACUCGUUCAACUGUUAUUAGCUAUAUGAAGUAUAUAAAGUGCAGCAAUAUUAUAAGUUUUCAAUUGGCAAUCGAUAAAAGCCAAAGGUGUGGCUUGAAAAACAGUCAUAAGAAUUUUAACUCUACGCGAGUAAAAAUGUCAUCAACAAGACACGAAAAGCCAACUGGAGGAGCUUUAAUAAUUGAUUUUAAUGCAAAUCACCGGUCUUUUGCUAAAUGGCAAAGAUCUCGAAAUGCUUUAGUGGAUGACUUGGAAACCCGUGGAUUUGAAAUUCAAAACUCGAUUAGUUUUUGGUGGCGCUUGUUCAACAAUUUAGCUUCGUACUUGCCAUGGAAUGUUCAAACGCAAAGGAACUAUUUCUUUGAUACUGCACAAGAAGUCAAAGAAAAACUUUCGGAAAUAGUGAAUAAGAACUCCUCAUCAAGCUUUGAUUUCAUAUUAAUAAUUUUUAUUGGUGACUAUUACAAAGAUCGUUUUUUGUGUGAAAGUGGUGAACUUAAAUUAGAUGAUUUGUACAAGCCGUUCGCAACAAGCACAGCUUUAUUAUCAACUAAAAAAAUAUUUCUAACCUACAUCAAGGAAAAGUCAGAAUAUCCUUCAGACCUUUUUCGAGCAACAGAAGAGACAAGGACAUCCGAAAACAAAUAUGUAAAAUAUAUUCAAGAUCAAAAAAGGUUUCCAACAUAUGCUAAUAUGUGCAGUUUAUACAUUAACAGUAGUGUAUGCAGCUCAAAGAAAUUUAUAGAGGUAUUUUUGGACACAAUAUCAGACUCGUCGCAAUCAAAUAUCAUCACAAUAAUGGCUAAUUUUCGAGCAAGAUUAAAUAGAAUUUGUGAAGGACAUUUUGUACCAAUAUAUGAAUCAACCAUGCAAUAUAGCAAAAGUACUUUUCCUUAAAAAAGAACUGGUUGUCAUUGCAGUUGAAAAUAUGUUAAAAGUGUAUCAAAAAUUAAAUUUAAACCAAUCAUGUUUGAUCAUUUGAUCAGUUCCACACUCUUGAUUUAAAAAGAUGUGCUCCAUUACGUCGAGUGUCUUUACUUAAAUUUUAACAUCUUUGUCAAAUUACUUCUAAAGAUUGGCUGUUGACAAACUCUUAGAUAUUUAUUUUCAGUAGGAUUAACCAAAAUUCGUUCAUUUGCUACACGUUCAUUUACUUUUGCCAUUAUAAGAUCUAUUAUUAAACCAGGAUUUUCGUUAAUUACAAUACAUAAACUCUAAUUUAAAGAAAUAUUAAAUAAU